CAUUAAUCUGUCAUUUUCCUCAACUUAUUUGUAGAUAUUUGCUUUCUUCAUCAAUCUGUUAUUCCUCGGACAAGCAUUCACGAUAAUGCUAGUCUACAUUUGGUCCAGGAGAAACCCUUUCACUCGGAUGAGUUUCUUUGGCAUCCUCAAUUUCAAUGCCCCCUAUCUGCCGUGGGUACUGCUAGGCUUCUCUGUGCUGCUAGGCAAUCCUGUGUGGGUCGACCUGAUGGGGAUGAUCGUCGGCCAUUGUUAUUACUUCAUGGAGGAUGUCUUCCCCAAUCAGACAGGCGGGUUCCGUAUCCUCAACACCCCACAGUUCUUGAAGUCACUGUUUGAUGCACCAGCAGACGAUGCCGACUACGUGCCGAUGCCAGAAGACCGACCGGGUGGCUUUGCGUGGGGAGCUGCCGGAGAAAAUCCUCCUCAGUGAUGGAUGUGUUUGUGAUACCUUACCAAAGUAUACAACUGUUGUUUAUGUGCACAAGUGUUGUGUUGUUCAUACGGACCAGACCCUUACCCUGGCCUUUGGUUUAUAUUUAUUGUAAUAUAAUUAAUUUAAAAGUAAAGAUGUUUUCUCAAUUUUUA